UCGGACGCGUGCCACUUCCGCAACAUGGAGGCUGUGUUGAGCGACGUUGUGGCUCCCGAGGACCUGCUAAAAUUUGAGAAGAAAUACAACAAUGAGCUGGCGAAGGGAGCCGUGUCCAAGGAGACCAGGUUUGAAUACGCUUGGUGUCUGAUCCGGAGCAAAUACACCGGCGACAUCAAGAAAGGAAUUGCGUUCUUGGAGGAACUUGUCCAGAAAGCCUCCAAGGAUGACACGCGCGACUUCUUCUUCUACCUUGCCGUGGCCAACUACCGUCUCAAGGAGUACGAAGAAGCCCUGAAGUACAUCCGCAUCCUCCUGAGGAACGAGCCCGGCAACAAGCAGGCCUUGGAGUUGCAGGCGCUCAUCGACAAGGCUUUGAAAAAAGAUGGCUUGGUCGGCAUGGCGAUCGUGGGGGGAAUCAGCCUGGGCGUGGCCGGGUUAGCCGGGCUCAUCGGCCUGGCCGUGGCAAAGCGAGGGCCCAAAUAUUAACCGACCGGAACGUUUUUUUUUUUUUUUUUUUGCUGGGCAGCUCCAUUGACGUAUUAUCUUUUGCAUUGCCGUUGACCAUUCAUCCGCCGCUGCCACCUGUGUACAUAACAAAAAAAAGAAUCAAAACAUAGCUUUUAUUUAUAUUCCAAUUUGUUCUAAUGCUAAUCUCCUGAGAAGGGAAUGUUCUGUCAAAUGUCCCCAAUUUAAUAGCUUGUUUUUUCCCUGAUCAUCAAUAAAAAAAAAAAAAAAAAAAAACGGAAACACGUUGACUUGAGUCACCUGCUCGCAUCAAACAAUUCCAUCCUUAUCGGCACCGCCACAGGAAGUUACCACAGAGUACAUCGCGAUCUUAACUUUUGAGCAUUUACGUCAACAUGGGAAAAAAAUUGUAAACGACACGACUUGACCUCGUUGGCUAGCCUUCUAUUCAUCUUGACACAAAGAUGAAAUACAAUUUGUCAACGUUGUUUUACGACGCUGUGUGUGUGUGUGUGUGUGUGUGUGUGUGUGUGUGUGUGUGUGUGUGUUAUCUGCCUCGUGGUGUGUUACUCAUUAACUCACCUGACAGCAGCACCGAAACUCCCCAGCGACAAACGACUGAUUCUUGUUAUGGUCGAACUUAUUUUAUGAUUUAUUAGAUUAGUUUGUAUUAUUUCAUAGCGAUAUUUAUAUAUUUGGUUUUACACAAAAUAUUUUUUUAUAUAAAAUGCUACAUUUUGUUAGGUUUUUUUUCAAUUUUUUUAAAAACUUUUUUUAAAUUUACAUUCUUAAACUCCUUUUUAGUCAUCUGUUUUAACACUAUAUUUUACUUACUAGAAUGAAGGACAUUUUUCUGAUGUAUAUAUAUAUUCAUAGAUUAAAAAAUGUACAGCGUGAAAAUCCAAUUUUUGACAUUUUCGGGCUCCGUGGGCACCCUGCGCCCUACGGAGGGCUUUGCAAUAUUUAGCGCACAUCAGUUUCCUUUCCCCUUCCACUUGGCUUGAAUUGGGGCGAGUGGGGAAAAAAAUGCCCUCACAAAGGUCUCCGCUUGCCCAACAUGCUUUCUGUGUUUGUGUGUCUGGAUUAAUUAGCCGACUGAUAGCGGGAGAGAGGCCGCGGACAGGUCACCGAGGUGACGCCGUUCCGAUAAAAACGCCAGCCGAUCUCCAAUUUGGCGGCCUACGAGUAAUGUUUCGGACACGUCUGAUUGCCUUGGUUACUCCUAGAAUAACCCAAUGACAGAGGAUCUAUUUAUUGGUGUCAAGUAAGUGUGGCGUGUUGUUCAUAUGAAAUCACUUGACGAGUGCGUCCUGCCCUGUCAUAAAUAUUUACGGCUGGAGCUGUUUGCAAAGCAACGCCUCCUGCCGUCAGUUUUAUGCCUUCGUUUAAUUUGUGGUCAAUGACACCGCGGAAAAAUCUAGUAACUCAUCCUCAUAAAAGAGAGAAAAGCGAAAGGAGGAAUACAGAUUUAAAAUGGAAUAGAAUGAUUAAAAUGCGACUGCAAACUACCUUGAAUGUGUGUGUAUAUAGUUAAAAAACAUGCAAAGUGUGCGCGGUUGCUCGUGUGACCAUUGGACUCCACGUGAACCGAUAAACACCUGUUACAUUUUGGGGGUGUUUGU